CCCCCCAGCCUUCACCCAUCCCAAAGACUGCUUAGCGCGGCAUCCUUGCGCUGACACGUAAUUUCUGGAGCUCUGUGUGUGUGUUUGUGUGUCCUCACUCAGGAAUGUGAAGCUCUGCUCGUUCUUAAAGGUCGAAAAGAAGAUUUUCUCCCCUUGUGCGAUCGUGAAAUCUCUCCGAUGUGGGAGAGAGACCAUCUCUAACCUGUCAGUAGAAGGAGGCGCUUCGAGGAACUCAGGACGGAGCGCAGGAUUUCUCCUCCAGAGGAGGAUUCUUUUUACAGGUAAACGGGACUACGUUUGUUUCACAGGGAGAACAGACGGCCAGGAGGGCGCUGACGGUUUGGGUUCGACAGAUUCGCGCUGUGAGACCGGAGGUGAGUUUAAAGACGGCUGCACUGCUGGAACGCACAGCGGGAAUCGCGCACUUUUCCCAGAGACGCGCGGGAUCACCGCCCGGUGCGUGCCACCUGUGCAGCUCAUGCGCAGACAGCAGCCAAACCACGCAUAUGUGCGCGCACAGCGGGUGAUUUCAUAAGAGGGAAAACACAAGAGUCUUCCCCGAAAGGUUCUGCAGACAGUAAUAACUCUGAGAGACGCAAUACUGAGUCUUCCAAAGCCAAAGAGAGGCGCACGCUUCCCACUGCUUCCAUUUGGCCCAGCCGAGCUCCGCUCCUCCGUUUUUAAACUCAGGUUGCCCACGAGGACAAAGUCGGCUCGGUGUUUCUUGUGGAUUCAUGAAUGCAACAUUUUGACUGGCUCUCGAGCUGCGCAGUCAUCACCAGCUCUCACAAACUUCUUCCAUUUCCAGCACUGUUUCCAUCAUCCCCCACCAGCUGAGCUUCAAACGCCGGGCUUCCAUUGGCUCUUACAUUGUGUGGUGCGUGCAGUGUCAAUAAGGAGACCUGAGGGUGUGCCACGGAAUAUAAAUAGUUGAACAAAGAGGCCGAAACCUGAGACCUGGUCUGAUUCUUCCCUCUGGUAACUCUAGAUGCUCAAACACUGAGAGGCGCACGAACAAACUGCUGCUGAUGUGAGCUUUUUCCUGUUGUUGAACAAGGAGCAGAGCAAGAGGAGGACCCACCCACACCGCCCACCCCUCAGAUAAACAGGAGGCGACUUUUAGUCACAGUUGGGACGUCUUUGGUGUGUUUAUGCUCUGAGGGUUUCCAGAUCUGUCCUGUCUGUGUAUGUGUGUGUGUCUGUGUGUGCACUGUUGAGAGACGCCACCACCCCUCUGUCCUCCGUCAGGAUGUCCGCGGUGAUGGAGCUGCUGCUGCUGCUGCCUCUGGUCCUCCUGGCACUUGAAGCUCCGCUGUGCCACGGGGCCUGCGUGGAAGUGGACUCGGACACAGAGGCUGUUAUCAACGACGGCUUCAAGCUGGGCUGCAUCUACUGUAAGAUGAGAGGCGAGGUGGAUGCCACGGCCACCGUCAAAUGGUCCUUCAAAGGCUCAGGCGACAGCGACUUCUCAGAACUGUACAUUUAUGAGGAUGCACGCGGCAAGAUCAUUGACCCACGUUUCUACGAGCGUCUGGACUGGAACGGCAGCAAGCAUACCAUGGACCUGCAGGAUGGCUCCAUCUACAUCCUCAACGUGACCUACAAUGACACUGGAACCUACAAAUGCAAAUUUAGCCGGACCCUCAAAUACAGCAACUACGCCUACGAAAAGACCAAAGAGAAGAACAUCACCAUUAAUGUGGUUGCACGGCUUACCCGGGGAAUGGCGUCCAUCCUGUCUGAGGUGAUGAUGUACGUCUCCAUCAUCGGGCUGCAGUUCUGGCUCUUGGUUGAGAUGAUUUACUGCUACAGGAAGAUCUCGGCUGCAGGAGAGGAGGCUCUGAGAGAGAGCGCGGAGGAGUAUUUAGCUAUAGCAUCGGAAAGUAAAGAUAAUUGUGCAGGUGCACAAGUGGCAGAAUAGCACGGUUCGGGGAAACGUUCAAGGCGGCUUCUUUGAGGAGUUGCUCGUCCUCUUGUGUGCCCUCUCCUCCUCUCACCAUCCUCUCCACAAGCUGGAAACAUGGAACCACAGCGAGGAGAAAGAUCUUCAUGGAAAGUUUGUUUUUUUUCUAAAGUGACUUUCUGCAGCAGGAUGAAGGACAGACUUUCAGAGGGAACGCACGGAUGCAUCAGCUCUUUGUUAAGCUGGACAGAGGGAGGGAGUCAUGCUGUAUAUAGGUGUAUACGUCUGCACAGAACACAUGUAGGGUCUAUUAUACACUAUGUAUUCACUAACUGCAUGAUUACAAGCUUAUCAAGAAAUACUUCAUCACUCUCCAUGUGUUGGUGCCGGUGAGCGUUAAAAUCACUGGUUUCCUCUGCAGGUUCACUAAACUGUGGAGCCAAAUAAAAACUGUUUAUCAUCCUUAUCGAUAUAACCAUGAUAAUCAGUUUAUACCACAAAAUAAUGUAAAAUACAAAUAUAAGAGCUGGUCUAUCUUACGUGCAGCUCACUGUUCAUCAGCCGGAUAAAGUGUCCAAACACCUUUUACCCUGCAGCACGUGGAGUUAAUAGAGAGGAUUUUGUGACGGUUCUGAAAGUUUCCGAGCUCAUGAAACACGACAGCUUCACCUUUACACGCAGCAGGAAGGUGCAAACGUUACAGACAAAGAUGCACUCACAGGUUACAGUGGACAUAUUCUGCUUUUCCUUUUUCUCUGUCAUGUAUACUUUCCUACGAUGGCGUUCAAACCCUGAACUUUCAGCCCCAGAUGAAGCUGCCAUCCUCCUCCUCACAGGCCAAAUCCUGUUUUUGUGUCAGGCUGUAAAAAUGUUUAUUUCUGCUGUAACGUUUACUGUAGAGUCUACGGGGACCGACUCACUGCUGGAACUGCAGCUUCUGCAGCUGUUUGCCCUGUGCUGUGGUGGUGCUAGUUACUGCUGCAGACUUUCUGUUUUGGUGGAAGGUUUUGGGAUUGCGUUCCAGCACCAGCACUGCACUGGUGAACAAAAGGCAUGCAAAGCUAUUCCAUUUCAGACCAGCAAUAUAAACGGAGCAGGCAUGAGCAGAAUAGGUCUACAGCAGCUAGGUUUUAAGGUUUAAUAUUAGAUCCUGUUUUAUUUCAUGUACGGCACAGGCCAGGUUAAAAAAGCCUGGCAGGCCUUUUCAGCAGAUCACCGCCUGUUUAAACUGGCUGUUUGACACAAGGAGGCUCGCUGCUCAUUUAAACCUGCCCUUCAAAGCUGUUUACAAGCCUCAGUGCUGAAAAAACAACAACAAAAACAGUGACUUCCUGUCCCAGAUCAGAAGCGGAUGCCCCUGAGAAAGUGUAACCCUCAGCAGCUGAAAGUUUCCCACUGAUGUUUAACUUCACACCAAUGUCUUAGUGUCUUUGUAGAAAACUUAAGGGCUCAACAAACUAUUAUAAACCUGCCGUGGGCAAAUGCACCACAAGCCGUGCCCAGUGUGCCUCCCGGAGAGAAGCCAGUGGAAACACAAAAGGGAAAAAUGUGAAACAUGUUUUUCUUAAAAGCCAAAGCUUUUAAGAAAAACAUGUUUCCAGAAAGCCACUAGAUGGCAGCUCAACACUGCCAGUCUGCAUGUUUACUGCUCGUCUAUUGUACAAAAGCAAGUUUCAUACUUUGAGAGUUUAAGAAUGAGACACACGUACCUGCAUGCUGCGUGUUGGAAUAACGCAAAGGCGGAAAUGUGAUGGUUUCUUUUCAGAACAAACACCAAAAGUUUGAGAUGCUGAAAAAGAACAAACCGUGCCCUCCUUUGUAAGCGAUGUACUUUGUGCUUUGAACCGGCGAAACGAGAAGAAGCCUCCCCGCUGCUCGUGCUUCAGCAAAUCAGAAUCUGCAGUUUUAGGUGUGGAAAUGUUGCUUACUGGAAACAAACUGAAAUAAAUCAAACUUCUGACACAA